AAUGUACUAGAUUUCGGUAAUUCCUCAAUCAUUGAAACAUAACGAAACCCUAAUUACCCGCCCGGUCAGAGUAUAACUACAUUUGGGUCUCUCUCUCUUCUCACUCGCCGUCUCUCUUUGUUCUCCCGUCGACGUUCGUGAUCGCCGAAAUGACUGAAGCAGAAGCCAAGACUGUUGUUCCUGAGUCAGUGUUGAAGAAGAGAAAGAGGGAGGAAGAAUGGGCACUUGCCAAGAAACAGGAGCUUGAGGCCACGAAAAAACAGAAUGCUGAGAAGAGGAAGCUCAUAUAUAACCGAGCCAAGCAGUACUCCAAGGAGUACGAAGGGAAGGAAAAGGAAUUAAUCCAGCUGAAGCGUGAGGCAAAACUGAAAGGAGGCUUUUAUGUCGACCCAGAAGCAAAACUGCUUUUCAUUAUCCGUAUCCGAGGUAUCAAUGCCAUUGAUCCAAAGACAAAGAAGAUUUUGCAGCUUCUGCGUCUGAGACAGAUUUUCAAUGGAGUGUUCUUGAAGGUCAACAAGGCGACCAUUAACAUGCUUCGCCGUGUUGAACCUUAUGUGACCUAUGGAUACCCAAACUUAAAAAGUGUGAAGGAAUUGGUCUACAAACGUGGUUUUGGAAAGCUUAACCACCAGAGGAUUGCCUUGACAGACAACUCCAUCAUAGACCAGGGCCUAGGAAAGCAUGGCAUAAUAUGCGUGGAGGAUCUGAUCCACGAGAUCAUGACGGUUGGGCCACAUUUCAAAGAAGCCAACAACUUUUUGUGGCCAUUCCAGCUGAAGGCGCCAUUGGGAGGGAUGAAGAAGAAGAGGAACCAUUACGUAGAAGGUGGAGACGCUGGAAACCGCGAGAACUUCAUUAACGAGCUCAUUAGGAGAAUGAACUGAGCUCUUUACUAUAAGCGUUUUUGCUCUGGAACUCAGUGGUCAAAAACAGAGAUGAGAAAAAUGAUAUGAUAUUCCAUUUAUAGUAUUUGACUAUUUCAAUUAAAAA